AUGCAACUAACGCCCCUUCUCAUCAACGGAGAAGAUGCCAUUCUUUCUCCUCCCGACAGACUCGGCUCAUGUUCUGCCUCAACGACGCCCUUCCAGGGCGUGACGCCAGAUCUUGCCCUCCAGGCAAUCAACUCUUCCGAGGAGGCAUUCCCUGCCUGGUCGAAAACUAUUCCCUCUCAACGCCGCCACCUUCUUAACAGAGUUGCUGAGCUUCUUGAAGAACGAUCCGACAAUAUUAUCAGAUCCAUGCAAGAAGAAAUUCAUUCGCCGACCAUCUGGGCAAAGGUGAAUAUCCAAGCGGGUAUUGAUCUGCUAAGAGAAACUGCCGGCUUGAUCUCCGAUUCCAUAAUGGGCCAGGUCCCCGUCUCGCAGGGUGAUUCGUAUGCUAUGGUGCUGAAAGAGCCGUUGGGCGUCGUCUUGGCUAUGGUUCCGUGGAAUGCGCCAGUCAUCUUGGGACUCAGAGGUGUUGUGGCGCCGUUGGCGGCGGGGAAUACGGUUGUUUUGAAGGGCUCUGAGCUCAGUCCGCGAACACAUUAUCUUCUUGCCUGUCUGUUCAGGGAUGCUGGCUUUCCACCCGGCGUGGUCAAUUUCAUCCUCCAUCGCCCUGAAGACGCAGCAGAGACCUUCGAAACCAUGAUCGGACACCCAGCUAUUCGCAAAUGCAACUUCACCGGAUCAACUAACGUCGGUCGCAUCAUCGCAUCCAAGGCUGCGUGGGCGCUCAAGCCUGUGUUGCUAGAGCUCGGUGGGAAGAAUUUCGCGCUGGUGCUGAACGACGCAGACAGUCAAUUCGCGGCGGGGGAGAUCGUUAAGGGAGCCUUUUUGAACGUUAGUCUGCCCAUAGUUGACCUCAUGAUUUACAGAACUGACGAGUCUCCUCAGAACGGCCAAAUCUGCAUGUCCACGGACCUCGUGUUCGCCGUCAACGAUAUCGCAGAGUCCCUGAUCCCCGGCAUUCUCUCUCAUCUCCAAACCAUCAAGGACUCGCACACGGUUAUCUCGCCAGCCAGCAAACAACGUCUCCAGCGUCUCAUCGAUGACGCUCGUUCGAAAGGCGCGUCCAUCCAUCAAGCAGAUCUUCCUACCCUUCAGGAGGCCCAGUUCCCCGCUACCAUGAUCGAGGGUCUAACUCCUGACAUGGAGUUCUUUUCGGAGGAGUCAUUUGGCCCGGUCGUUGGUAUUGUGCGCGUGAAGACGGAAUCGGAGGCCAUGGACCUGAUCCAGCGAUCCCCGUAUGGUUUGUCGGCGGCGAUUUUCACAAGGUCGCAUUUCAAGGCAUUGAAGCUGGCUGAGUCAAUUCGUGCGGGCGCGAUCCAUGUCAACGGGAUGACGGUGCAUGAUGAGGCGACAUUGCCGCAUGGAGGUCAGGGAGAGAGUGGUUGGGGGAGGUUUGGGGCGAAGUGGGGGAUUGAGGAGUUUUUGCAGACGAAGACGGUGAUUUUGAAUCCGUAG